AUGACAAAAUCAACUCCAACCAGCCCUCUCUCCCUCUGCCUCUUCCUCUGUCUCAUCUUCUCGCUUCCAUUUCAGGCCUCACCAUCGCCGACCACAGAGGCGCAAGCUCUGGUCAAAUGGAAGAACUCUCUCUCUCCUCCUCCUCCACCACCUUCUCUGAGCUCAUGGUCACUCACCAACAUCCCCCAUCUCUGCAACUGGACUGGCAUUGCCUGCAACGGGGGCGGGUUGGUCACAGAUAUCAGCCUCCCUGGCUCAAGCCUCAACGGCACGCUCGAUGCGCUCGACUUGGCUUCAUUCUCGAACCUGACCCGCUUUGACAUCAGGUUCUUGGAGCUGGCGAACAAUUCCUUCGAAGGGGCGAUUCCUCGCUCCAUUGGACAAUUGAGAAAGCUUGAAAAGCUUGAAUUGAGAAUAAACGAGUUGACCUCUUCGAUCCCUUCGGAGCUCGGGCUCUGUGCUAACCUCACCUACUUAGCCCUUGCCGAGAAUUCGAUCUCUGGGGAGCUGCCUCUCUCACUGUCCAAUCUGGUCAGAUUGUCGGAAUUUGGAGCUUCAGAUAAUCGCCUGUCUGGUGAGUUACUGCCUGAAUUCUUGACGAAUUGGACCAAACUUAUUUCUCUGCAACUCCACAACAAUUUUCUCUCUGGGCAAAUUCCGACUGAAAUUCGAAGCUUGACCAAGGUCAGAUACCUCUACUUGGGCAACAAUUCGCUCUCCGGCUCCAUCCCUACGGGGAUUGGGAGCUUCAAGAAUUUGCUCCAAUUAGACCUUUCAAUAAACAAUCUCUCCGGGCAAAUUCCGCCCGAAAUUGGAAACCUAACCAAGCUCAAUUCCCUCUCCAUGCACAGCAAUUUGUUCUCAGGGACUAUUCCUCCGGAGGUCGGGAAUCUCACAUUGUUGACCUAUCUCGACCUUAGCAUGAACCAGCUUUAUGGAGAGGUCCCCGAGACCAUCUCUCGCCUUGCUAACUUACAGUGGAUCUCUUUGUUCAUGAACAAUUUCUCGGGAGGAAUACCACGUGAUUUCGGCAAGUACAGCCCUUCUCUGAGCGAUGUUAUAUUUUGGGACAACAGCUUCACCGGAGAACUGCCGCCAGAUUUAUGCAGCGGCUUUGCUCUUCAUUAUUUCAAGGUUCAUGGGAAUAACUUCACGGGGCCGCUGCCCGACUGCUUGAAGAAUUGUUCGAGGCUGACGAGUGUCCGUCUAGACAGCAAUCAGUUCACUGCAGAUAUCACGAGCACGUUUGGAGUUCAUCCGAAUCUGGUCUAUGUAAGCCUUAGCAACAACCAAUUUGUCGGGACUCUCUCGGCACGAUGGGGAGACUGUAUGAAUCUCACAAAUUUGCAAAUAGAUGGUAACAAAAUCUCUGGCCGCAUCCCACCAGAGCUCGGGAAAUUGUCUCAGUUGCGCGUCCUGACAUUAUCCAACAAUGAAUUGACUGGGAGAAUUCCCGACGAGAUGGGAGAUCUGGGGGAGUUGUUCAGACUGAACUUGAGCAACAAUCAUUUGGCUGGAAAUAUUCCUUUCUCGUUAGGAAAGUUAUCGAAACUCAGUUAUCUUGAUCUGUCGGCGAACGUGUUGAGCGGUGGCAUACCUGACGAGCUAGCGAAUUUCGAGAAUUUACUGAGCUUGAACUUGAGCAACAACAAUUUGUUAGGUAACAUACCAUCCGAGGUCGGGAAGUUGUCCACGCUACAGUUACUCCUAGACUUGAGCCACAAUUCCCUAGCAGGAUCAAUUCCCUCCAAUUUGGCAAAGCUUACUAAACUAGAAAGUCUCAAUCUUUCGCAUAAUAAUUUGUCAGGUAUGAUCCCGGCUUCUCUCUCCAACAUGGAGAGUAUAAGCUCUAUAGACUUAUCGUACAACAAGCUAACGGGUCCAGUUCCUAGUGGUAGGAUCUUCCAACAAGCACCCGAAAGUGCUUUUAUAGGGAAUUCGGGCUUGUGUCGAAACAUGACUGGAUUAUCUCCUUGGGGCAUGAGCUGUAAAUCGACCCACCAUAGAAAAAAAGUUCUGGUUGGUGUGAGCGUUGGCGUGAGCUGCUUACUACUUCUAGCGAUUCUAAUUGUUGUGAUUUUGCUGGUGCUUUGGCGGCAAAAAAGGCUUCUCAAUGAAGAGAUCAAGCAUCUUAAAAAGCACGAGAAAUCGGAGCAGAUCAUUUGGGAAAUGUUAAGGAAGUUCACAUUCAGCGACAUCGCCAAGGCCACCAAUGAUUUUAGCGAAGAGUAUUGCAUUGGAAAAGGCGGGUUCGGGAGCAUUUACAAGGCCGUAUUGGCUAGCAGCCAAAUCGUCACCGUCAAGAAGCUCAACGCACCAGAAUCCGGCAACGUUCCAGCGGUCAACUGCCAGAGUUUCGAGAACGAAAUCCAUGUGUUGACCCAGGUUCGGCAUCGCAACGUGAUCAAGCUCCACGGAUUUUGUUCCAUGAGAGGUUGCAUUUACUUGGUCUAUGAGUUUGUUGAGAGAGGCAGUCUGGCAAAGAUCUUGUAUGGAGGAACAGGAGCAGCUGAAUUGGAUUGA